AUGAGUCCUUUGUACACCCCACCAAACUAUCCGAGCAGUCGGAAUUCACAUUCCAACUCUUUUAACUCGUCCACGUCAUUAUCACCAGUUCCACUGUCCGGACUCAACAAUUUAAGUUCACCACUUAAUAGAUUUGAAAUGCAAGGACUACAAAGAUUUGCAAGUGGAAGUAGGUCAGGAUCUGUUUCCAGUGUUCGGAGCGAGCAUGGACGUAACCGAAUUACGCAAACCUCCAGGAAUUCAAGCGUAAGCAGACACAACUUUUUGAAGAGCCAGGCGAUGGAUGUUGCACAUGAUUCACCGUCUAGAUACGUCUCUUCUGGGGGAUCUGGCCGUAGUAGACCUCUAACUUCUUGGGCACGCAUCGGCAUGAUAGCUAUCAAAAUGAUCGGAGGAGCGUGUUGGAGAUGCCGGAUUCUGGGUAAAAAGAGAAUCCUUGCGAUACUUGCCCAAAACGAAACAAAGCUGGCAAAACAGCUUGGGCGUAAAUUGGCUGUAAGCGAGGCACACUUCCCGAGUAAAUGGAGUCCAUCGAUCUCUGUCCAAAAUCAUAUUCCCACCCAAUGCCUUCUGGUAUCGAUAUUUUGUGUCUUCAAUGCCAGCGUCGUUGGUGCCACAGCUCAAACUCGCACGAAAGCAGAUGUCCAAGAUGUUAAAGAAUUGAUGCAAAGGUAA